AGCAGAAAACUACGAUGACGGCAGAGGACCUUUUAAAAACUCUGGAGGAUUUAAAAGAAGAUGAAUUUAAGAAAUUCAAAUGGUAUCUGCAGCAGCAAGACAUCCUGGAAGGCUACCAAAGCAUCAAAGUGUCCAAGCUGGAGAACGCAGAUAGGCUGGACACAGUGGAUGUGAUGGUUAAAACCUUUAAUCUUCAUGGAGCUCUGAAGGUGACCAAGAAGGUUUUAGAGAAGAUCAACAGGAAUGAUCUAGUGCAGAGUCUGCCAGACACCAGCUCAGGACCAGAAGAGUCAGUGGACGUCAGUGAUUUUGGAAAGACUGAGAACAGAGGAACUCCCUCCUCUCAGAGCAAAGACGGGAUGGUUCCGGUACCAAAGCCAGCACUGCACAUCUCAAAAUACCAAGAAAAGAUUCAGCCAAACCUGAAAGACCGUUACAUGCAACUACAAGAAGGGUUGACAGAGGUGAAACAACCUCUGGAUGAGAUGUACAUACAUCUGUCUGUCACAGCUGGGGGUGACAUACACAUCAACAAACAGCAUGAGGUCAGGAAGAUUGAGACAGUGAAGACAGCAGAUACAGAAACAACAAUUAAACCUUGUGACAUGUUCAAACACCCCUCUGGGGAAGACAGACCCAUAAGAACAGUGCUGACCCAGGGAAUCGCAGGAAUUGGAAAAACAUUUCUUGUGCACAAAUUUGUGUUGGACUGGUGUAAAGGAGAAACCAAUCAAGAUGUGCAUCUCAUUUUCCCCUUCACCUUCCGCGAGCUGAAUUCAUGGAAGGGAGAGAAGGUAUGUUUGGCAGAGCUUAUUCAUGAAUGUAUCUGGGAAACCAAAGACAUCAAGGAAGAAGCUCUCAAUCACAUCUUUACAGCUCUGCAGUCAUCAGGAAACACCAACUUUGACAGAAGUGAAUUCAAACUUCUGUUUGUUUUGGAUGGACUGGAUGAGAGCCGCCUUGAUCUGGACUGCUCCACCAAUAAAAACAAGGCAGUUAAAAUUGAUGUGAGAGCACAGACCUCAGUGGACAAGCUGCUGACAAACCUCAUCAAGAAGAAACUACUUCCCUCUGCUCGCCUCUGGAUAACCACACGACCUGCAGCAGCCAAUCAGAUCCAUUCUGAUUUUGUAGACAUCAGAACAGAGGUCAGAGGGUUCUAUGACCCACAGAAGAAGGAGUACUUCAGGAAGAGAUUCAGAAAUGAGGAGCAGGCUGACAGAAUAAUCUCCCAUAUCAAGACAUCACGAAGCCUCCACAUAAUGUGCCACAUCCCAGUCUUCUGCUGGAUCACUGCUACAGUUCUGGAGGGAGUAAUGAAAACCAGAGAGGGAGGGGAGCUGCCAAAGACCCUGACUGAGAUGUACGCAGAAUUCCUGGUGUUUCAGAUUCAUCAGACAAAAGAGAAAUAUGACCAAAAAGAGUGCAUUCAAUGCAUUGAGUCAUUAGCAAAACUGGCUUACCGUCAGUUGGAAAUGGGCAACCUGAUCUUCUACGAGAAUGAUCUAGAAAAGAGUGGCAUUGACGUCAGUGGAGCGUCGGUGUGCUCAGGAGUGUUCACAGAGAUCUUCAAAGAGGAACAUCAGAGAAAGAAUGGCAAAAAAAAGAUGUUUAGCUUUGUACAUCUGAGUGUUCAAGAGUUUCUUGCUGCUCUUCAUGUAGAGAGCACAGUCAUUAACAGAAACAAGAAUGUAAUGUUUGGGCAAAGUUUCUUCAAAAAAGUGUGGAAAGUUCUCAGCAGAACAUCUAUGACAGAGGUCCACAGGUUUGCUAUUGACAAGACCUUACAGAGUUCAAACGGCCACCUGGACUUGUUCCUUCGCUUCCUCCUGGGUCUUACUCUGCAGACCAAUCAGGAUCUCCUCAAAGACGUGUUUGCUCAGAUAGGAAGUAGCUCACAAACCAAUCUGAAAACAGUCAACUACAUCAAGAAGAAGAUCAGUAAGAAUCUAUCUCCAGAGAAAAGCAUCAAUCUUUUCCACUGUCUGAAUGAACUGAAUGAUUGUUCUCUAGUGGAGGAGAUCCAACAGGCCCUGAGAUCAGGGAGUCUCUCCACAGAUGAACUGUCUCCUGCUCAGUGGUCAGCUCUGGUCUUCAUCUUACUGUCAUCAGAAAACAAUCUGGAUGUGUUUGACCUGAAGAAAUACUCUGCUUCAGAUGAGUCUCUUCUGAGGCUACUGCCAGUGGUCAAAGCAUCCAACAAAGCUCUGCUGAGUGGCUGUAAUCUGUCAGAGAGAAGCUGUGAAGCUCUGUCCUCAGUUCUCAGCUCCGAGUCUUCUAGUCUGAGAGAGCUGGACCUGAGUAACAACAAACUAAAGGAUUCAGGAGGGAAGCUGCUUUCAACUGGACUCGAUAUACCACACUGUAAAGUGGAGACUCUCAGGCUGAGUGGCUGUAACCUGUCAGAGAGAAGCUGUGAAGCUCUGUCCUCAGUUCUCAGCUCAAAGUCCUCUAGUCUGAGAGAGCUGGACCUGAGUAACAACAACCUGAAGGACUCAGGAGGGAAGCUGCUUUCUACUGGUGUGAAAAGUCCACACUGUACACUGGAGACUCUCAGGCUGAGUGGCUGUAACCUAUCAGAGAGAAGCUGUGAAGAUCUGUCCUCAGUUCUCAGCUUAGAGUUCUCUAGUCUGAAAGAGCUGGACCUGAGUAACAACAACCUGAAGGAUUCAGGAGUGAAGCUGCUCUCUGCUGGACUGGAGAGUCAACACUGUAAACUGGAGAUUCUCAGUUUGUCAGGCUGUCUGAUCACAGAGGAAGGCUGUACUUCUCUGGCCUCAGCUCUGAGCUCCAACCCCUCCCAUCUGAGAGUGCUGGACCUGAGCUACAAUCAUCCAGGAGACUCGGGAGUGAAGAUGCUUUCAGCUAGACUGGAGGAUCCACACUGGAGACUGGACACUCUAAAGCUGGAACAUGGUGGAAAGCAGAGGAUGAAACCUAGUCUGAGGAAGUGGGCCUGUGAACUCACACUGGAUAUAAACACAGUGAGCACAGACCUCAAACUGUCUGACAACAACAGGAAGGUGACAGCAGAGAACGGUAGGCAGCCAUAUCCUGACCAUCCAGAGAGGUUUGACUACUGGUGGCAGCUGCUGUGUCGAGAGGGUCUGACUGGUCGCUGUUACUGGGAGGUCGAGAGGAGCGGAGAGGUUCGUGUAGCAGUGAGUUACAGAGGAAUCAGGAGGAGAGGAGGCAGUGAAGACUGCAGGUUUGGGGGGAAUGAUCAGUCCUGGUGUCUGAGGUGCUCUGAUGUUGGUUACUCUGUCUGGCACAAUAACAGAGAAACAGACCUCUCCAUCUCCUCCCCUGUCUCUGAUAGAGUAGCAGUGUAUGUGGACUGUCCUGCUGGCUCUCUGUCCUUCUACACAGUCUCCUCUGACUCACUGAUCCACCUCUACACCUUCAACACCACAUUCACUGAACCCCUUUAUCCUGGAUUCUGGUUAGGGUGGCCUGGUUCAGUGUCUCUGUGUUCUGUGUAGGACGGAGAGUCUCCUCCUGUGCACAGAAACACUCACACUGCUGACCAACACACACAAUCUGUUUGUAAAUCAAACUCAAAAUUACAAGAAAACAGUACAUUAAAGGAGUCACUAAUAUAUAUACA